GCCGCUGCCCGCCUGGUUUGACGAGGCGAAGUUCGGCGUCUUCAUCCACUGGGGCGUGUUCUCGGUGCCCAGCUUCGGCAGCGAGUGGUUCUGGUGAGCUGCGGCGAGCGGUGUCCGGUCGCACCGGAACAGCUGCCGCGGACGGGUCGUACCAGCGGUCCGAGGGGUUUGCUUGGAAAGCAGCUCCUAGGGCAGGCGGGGAUGGGUGUGUCCACCCCGGUACAGCGGAGGUUUGGGUUAAAGCCCCUCUGCAGGCUGACCCUGGAGCUCAGGUGUGUGGGAAGAGGUUUGUGUCCGGCCAAGGCCAAGGACUCCAUGGCGCCUUUUCGAAGGAAGCACAGUUUGAUGUGUUUCUGGUGUGUCUGACCAUCUGCCUGCUCAGCCCUGAAACUUGAAUACCUUGACUGACGAAACUAAAUUAAGGAGAGAUCUCACAGAGCUGAGAGAUGUGAUUUGCUGUUGGUGAAAGAGGUGGUUGGUUAAGUGGCAGGAGAUUUCUCCAGGACCACCUUGAAGGGAUGGAUGAAGGGGUUCUACCCCGUGGGAACAGGUGUUGAGGAUCUUCCAUCCCCUGGAACAGCCUGGUACAACUGCUGGAGCACUGCAGGGAGUGCAGGAGCUCAUUGCUGCCCUUACUUAGCGAGGAGCCUGCCGUUUUCUUGUGCACAUUUUGUGCUGUUGAUGGUUUUCUUCUCCUUUAUUAUUACUAUUAUUCAGGACUGCUUUUCACUUAAAAGAGUCCAAGGCUCUGAUCCUUUAAGUAAUUUUAGUUCAGAGGCUCAGUAAAACCUUUGUUUUGCGAGUGUUCACUGGUUCAGGUCCUUUGGCUGUAAGCAUAUUUCUGCUCUCAUCUUUCCAUGCUCUACCAAGUACUUCCUGUGUGACUUCAAGUGAGUCACAUUAUCAUUUAAAAUAUGAAGAUAGCAGCUCUGUGGCAGAGCUGUGGUGAACCUUAAAUGCAAUAUUCACAAAACAAACCAAUAUAGAUCUAAACAAACAACUGUUUUCUGACAAUAUUUGGUUUGUUCAGAGUUAUAUUCAAGGAUUUCAGCAGUUUUUUAAGGUAGACUCCAUUUACUAAUAAAUUACUUUUGGGGGGGUGUGAUAGAGCUAGGUUUGGGUUCAAGCCUCAGUCUGAGUGCAGUGAUCUGAUAGUGGUGCACAGAUUCAGGAUCAAGCAUUUGGUCUUCGUUGUUGUUCUAAAAAGACCUCAAAACUCUCUAAUAUAGUUGAUGAAGUUGCUUUUUAUAUUCCCGGAGUCUCCAAUCCUUAGGCACGUGUGGGUGUAGAGCUGCUUCAGGCCUUCUAGCAGCAUGUGCAGUCAGACGACUGAGGUCCUUUGUUAGCAGCUGCAUGGCCUUGGUAAGGAUGUUUCUAGAAUCUAAUCAUGUCAGCAUCAAAGUGCUCAUGUUAGCAAACCACGUGACAAAGGAAGAGAAGCAAGGAUCUUACCGUUUAUUUAUGCAAUUACAUACUUUGAAAUCAGAGGUCGGUUGGGGUUUUUUUUGGGGGGGGUGUUCAUUUGUUUUUGUUUUGUUAUUUUCCCUUUUCCUCGUAUUCCUUCUCCUCUUCCCCUCCCUUUACCCCUCCAUUCUUUCAGUGAGAAAAGCUGUCUUGGCCCCUUUCUUCUGAGUUUUUUCCCUGUUGGCUGUCAGGGGUUGUGUCAGUUUAUGAUGAAGUCUGGGAAGGUUACAAAAUAUCUAGACAGUUACUAUGUCUUAAAGAACUGAGGUCAGAGUCCAGCUCAUGAUAGGAGAGAGAAACAUACUUCAAACAUUUAGAUUCUGGCCUGUUUUAUUCCUUCACUUACUAUCUGUUUUCAUGUAUGUUCUUGCUAGAACAGGAUCUUUGCUGCUUGUCUUCAUUCACAGAAAGGUGAAUGGUUCCAGACCCUUUUCUCUGUAUAUAUUAGCAGUCGUAUGGUAUGUUGUUGUUAGAAGGCAAUAAGGCUGUUUAUGCAGUAAGGACUGUUGUGUGGUGUUUCUGAAGCUCCUCUUUCAUUGCUCAGUAGGGAAGGGAGCAAGUUGAAAAUAAAUAUUGCUCUACUGGUGAUUUAUGGUCUCUGCUCAUGAUGAGGGCAAGAGACCAACCUUGAACACAGAGCAGAGCUCCAAGCCCUGCUGUGGACUAGCCCAGUUGGAAUAGAGACAAUACCAGUCACUGUCUUGGGGAAGCACAGGAUAGAAACUGUCCCUGUUUUUGCCAGAUGGAAGGCAAAAAGAGAUCAUCAGCUUAUUUUUCCUUCUAGUUGCUAAAUCCAAGUGCCCUGGUAGGUGGACGUGUGCCUGCAUGUUAGAGACUAUGACAGAGGUGCAUUUUUAAGUGUGUGUCGGGUUUUUGUUGCAGGACAUGGCUUCUAGUAGGGUGCCUUUGGUUCAGAGCCUCACCUGUGCAGUGGCUGUAGCACACUGGUCACAGCUCUCUCCUGCCCUGGGACUGUGGGCAUCUGGUCAAUCAACUGCAUUUGGUUUAGAGGACUUGGGACUGUCAGAAAGGUAAAGCUGCUGGCCCACAUGUUUGUAGGUGGGAGGAAUUGCAAUGUGGGUGGCAGAGCAGAGGUGCCUGAUGGCUGAGGUGUGAGACCUGAGGAGGAUGAGUCAUAUUUUUUCAGAAAAAGGGCAUUUCUCAUGCCACAUGGGCUGCUUACACAGUCUGUCUGUGCAUGCUCUCUAGUAUGGUUUUGGGAUUUGGGUACUGAGCAAGACUGUCAUUUUUCCAUUCUCAAAGUGUAGCCGCUUUUUUCAUUGCUUCAGAUGAAAUCCUGGGACCUUUUCAAAGUGGAGUGCUUCGAAGAUGUAGAACAUGAACAAAUAGGAUAGAGAAAAGCAAAUCUUUGGUGGUACUGGCAGAAGGAAAAGAGAGAGCCCUAUGUGAAAUUUAUGGAGGCCAAUUACCCACCUGGCUUCCGUUAUGAAGAUUUUGGGCCACUGUUUACAGCAGAAUUCUUUGAUCCUAACCAGUGGGCAGAUAUUCUGAAGGCUUCAGGUGCAAAAUAUGUUGUCUUAACUUCAAAACAUCAUGAAGGCUUUACUUUGUGGGGGUCCAAAUAUUCUUGGAACUGGAAUGCUGUUGAUGUGGGACCGAAGCGGGAUCUUGUUGCUGAACUAGCAGCAUCUGUUAGAAACAGGACUGACUUGCAUUUCGGGUUAUACCAUUCCCUGUUUGAAUGGUUUAAUCCUCUCUUCCUUGAGGAUGCCACUAAUGUCUUUAAGACAAGAAAGUUUCCAACCAGUAAAUCAUUACCAGAACUCUAUGAAAUUGUGACCAAGUACCAGCCAGAAAUAAUUUGGUCUGAUGGGAAUGGAAAUGCUCCAGAUACUUACUGGAACAGCACUGGUUUCUUGGCUUGGCUGUAUAAUGACAGCCCAGUCCGAGACACAGUUGUAACCAAUGACCGCUGGGGAGUUGGCAGCAUCUGUACCCACGGCGGCUACUACACCUGCAGUGACCGGUACAACCCCGGUCACCUCCUGCCUCACAAGUGGGAGAACUGUAUGACCAUCGACAGGAGGUCCUGGGGGUACCGCAGGGAUGCGCAGCUCAGUGACUACCUCACCAUCGAGGACUUGGUGAAGCAACUUGUAGAAACAGUGUCUUGUGGGGGAAAUCUCUUGAUGAAUAUCGGGCCCACUCACGAUGGUCGCAUCGCUGUUAUAUUCGAGGAGCGCCUGAGGCAGAUGGGUGCUUGGCUGGAGGUCAAUGGAGAGGCCAUCUAUGGAACAAAACCAUGGAGAGCACAGAAUGACUCAGUCACACCAGAAGUGUGGUACACUUUCAGCCCUAAAGAAGGGACAGUCAAUGCUGUCUUCCUUAACUGGCCAGUCUCUGGAAUUCUGGAACUUGGUGAGCCACAGGCUAAGCUUGGAGAAACACAGGUAAAGCUGGCUGGCUACAAGGAACUGCUGAAAUGGGUUGCACUGGGAGAAAAGGGACUGAUUAUAGCUCUACCUCAAUUAACUCCUAAGCAAUUGCCAUGCCAGUGGGGCUGGACUUUACAACUGACUGCCAUAAAAUGAGCCAUACUCUGCUGGAGCCCUGGCUAGCAGGGAAUGCUGAUGUUUUGCUGUUUCUCAUCACUGUUUUUGAACUUACUUGCCUGUAAAAACACCAAUAAAUUCACUUUUUUUAUGAAAGGUAGGCUGUUAUAAAGGAAUGGAACAAACUUCA